UGUUGCUGAGAAGGCCGUCCUUGACAGCUUUGGGUGGACGUAUUCCGGGACCAUCGGCACUAAUAACCCCGGACUUUGCGCAAGGCUAAACUUUUUUGUUGUGAAAUUCGAGAACCACGCCGAGCAAGCUCCCAAGUGAACCCCGAGAUUUUCUGUUCACGAGUAAUUAAUUUACUCCACGCCAACAAUGGAGGGUCCGCCAGGGUUUAAAUCAUUGCAGGAUGCGAUCCAAGCAGCAUUGAUUUCCACAACACGAACCGUCGGCCAAAUCUCCGCAGAGGACCUGGGCUUCCAUCGCUCUCUCAACCCGGAAGUUGGCACGGCGCUGGACGAGCAGAACGCACGACUGCUGGGCCUGUCAAGCUCGAUCCUUCAAUCUGCUGCUGCACUCACGGAGUCGAAUGCGCCAGUACUACAGGAGGUCGACGAUGUCGAUAACAAUUGGCGCGGAGUCGUUGACGUGGUGGACUCGCUUUUGGAGCGCGUAGAUAUCUGCCUCGACGAGUACACUGGCGUUAUACAGAGAAAAGCAUCUCCAGCUGAAAAUUCCUCUGCCCCGAAAUCAAGAAGACUGGAUAACUCAUUCCGAACCCAAAACCUCGUCAAGCCCCAACUCUCUUUCCUUAACAAGCCCGCCAACCACGAGACCGGCCCAUGGAAACCGCUGCUUCACUCCAAACCCCAUGCGAUUGUCCCUCUAGAGGAGUCUCUCGGCCCAGUCGCAGACGCCCACCAACAAGAGCACUACCGCCACCCCUACGAAACCGAAAUCGAGAAGCUGAAAUACCCAGCUUCCGUCUACAAAAACGCCGAUCCGAUACCCUACCUCCCCGUCGAGUCGACAUCUGCGACUUUCGUGGACACAUACGAGGGCGUGUUGGAGAUGUUGGCAGAGCUUAGGACAGCGAAAGAGAUUGCCAUCGAUCUCGAGCACCACGAUGCGCGCUCGUACACCGGCCUCGUCUCGUUGAUGCAGAUCAGUACGCGGGAAAAGGACUGGAUCGUCGACACGCUGAAGCCAUGGAGGCAAGACCUCCAAGUCCUCAACGAAGUAUUCACCGAUCCGAAAAUCCUCAAAGUCCUCCACGGAGCAUUCAUGGACAUCCUCUGGCUCCAACGCGACCUCGGCCUCUACAUCGUCGGCCUCUUCGACACCAACCACGCCUGCAAAGCCCUCGGCUACGCCGGCGGCAGCCUCGCCUUCCUCCUCAAAAAAUUCAUCGACUUCGACGCCGACAAGAAAUACCAGAUGGCCGACUGGCGCAUUCGCCCGCUCCCCGAGGGAAUGUUCUUCUACGCCCGCGCCGACACCCAUUUCCUCCUCUACAUCUACGAUAACAUGCGCAACGAGCUGGUGGAGCGCUCUAAGCCCGUACCCGCUGAGGAAAACCGCCUCGAGAUCGUGCUGAGGAAAUCGAAAGAGACGUCCCUCUUCCGCUACGACUCGCCCCGCUACAACGCCACCACGGGUAAGGGGCCGGGAGGCUGGUUCCAGGCGCUCGUCAAGGUACCUAGUUUACUCAACAACGAGCAAUUCGCCGUCUUCAGAGCUGUGCACGCGUGGCGUGAUAAGAUCGCCCGGCAGGACGACGAUAGUACGAACUUCGUGAUGGCGAACCACACCCUCCUCAGCGUGGCCAAAGUGAUGCCCACAGACAUGGCCUCCCUCCUCGGCACCGUCCACCCCAUCUCCUACAACGUCAAAGCGCGAACCGGCGAGCUCCUCGAACUCAUCAAGGCCGCAAAGACGAACGCAAAGGACGGCCCGAGCAUGGCGGAAGUCCUCAAACCCGACUCCGUCGGCGCCGUGGCGGCUGCGAACGCGCGAUCUGCUAGGGCCUCGGGAGAUGUCAGGCAAUCUGUCCUUACCAUCCUCUCCGGCGACGCGGGGGGCGACAUGAGGAGUCCACAGUCGGCGUUCUGGGGCCGCGCGUUCGGGAGUAGUACGUGGGAGGAACCAGCUACGCUCACGAAGGCGGGGGAGGAUAUUAGGCUCGCUAUUCCGCUGCCGCCGCUUGCGGAGGAGGCGUUCUCGGAGGGCGUGAGGGAGUAUAGUAUUCUUGCCCAGCCGGAGGUUCCUGAACCGGAGGAGGAGGCGCCGGUGGUUGAGGAGGAGGCAUUUACGAUUAAGGGGGGCCGAAAGCGGAAGAGUGAUGAUAUGGAGGAGGAGGUGGAGGGGCAGGCUGAGGAGGGGGGGGAAUACGACAUCUCCCUCCACGAGCCCCUCGAAGGCGCCGCUAAGGAGAAGUCAUUGAAGAAAGCAGAGCGCAAGGCGGCGAAGAAGGCUGCUAAGGCUGCGAAACGGGGAGACGCGGAGUCCCCCCGUGGCGCGGCGAAGGAGGAGGAUGACGAGGAGCCGUUCGAUUACAGCAAGGCGGAGUCGGUGAUGAAUAAGAAGCGGACGAAUGAGUAUGCGGGGGGCAAGAAGGGGGGGAAGAAACCGUUUGACCCCUACCAGAAGAGCGCGGAUGCGUCGACGGGGAUGAGGAGGGUGCAGACGGAGAGGCCGGGGAAGAGCUUUACGUUUAAGGGAUGAAACUGGGGUGAUGGGGGAGGGGAUGAGCGUCUUUGUUGUUGGCCGAGCUGAGCGGAGCUGGGAAUAGAGCUCAACUGCCAUCUUUUCUAUUUCCAGGCCGGUGAAGAAGAAGGGGG